UCACCUCCUCCUCCUCCUCCUUUUUCUCGAAGCAGAGCCGCCUCGCCUCGCCUCGCUCCCGCUGCCCUCAAAUCCCCGAUCUCCCCGACCCGCAUCCACAGUUCCACACCCACCUCGUGCUCGUCGCACCGCCACCCUCUCGAGCCUCGCCGCCGCGUGAUUCGCCGGCCGCGACGGCCACCAAGAUCUCCGCCGACCGCCGCCGUCACCCGACAAGGAACUUGAACAGCCCAGGUCAUAUUCCAGAUGGGGAAAGAUAAACAAUGCGAAACUGUGGACGCGGUCGGGAUGGUGCCAAUGGAGGAAGAGAAGAAGUCCAAGGAGGAGAUACAUCUCAAGAUUAAGAGCAAGGACAAGUCUUCAGGUGAUGAGGAUGAGAAGAAGGAGAUUGAGAUAGAAGUCAAAGCCAAGAUUGUGGACAAGGAAGAGGUGAAGCUUGAUUCAGAUGAUGGCGCAAAGUCCGCGGUAAAAAGUAAGGACUCAAAGAAAGACAAGGAAAAUAAAAAAUCAGACAAGAAGGACGAUGAACAUGACGAUGAGGAUGAAGAGGGAAAGAAGAAAGAAAAGGAGAUGAAAGAAAAGAAGAAAGACAAGAGUGAUAAGAAGGAAGAAGGCAAGAAGAAAAAGGAUGGUGAUGAGGAGGAAGGUAAGAAGAAAGAAAAGAAGAAAGACAAGGAUGGCGAUGAGAAAGAAGGCAAGAAAGAGAAGAAGAAAGACAAGGACGGUGAUGAGGAGGAAGAAGGUAAGAAGAAAGAGAAGAAGAAGAAAGACAAGGGUGACAAGGAGAAGACGAAUGAUCCCGCGAAGCUUAAGGCGAAACUGGAGAAGAUUGACACCAAGAUACAAGACCUUCAAGCUAAGAAGGAAGACAUCCUGAGGCAGCUGAAGGAGCAGCUGAAAGAGGAGCUGGAAGGAGGCAAGUCCAAGAAUGCCAUUGAAGAGAAGCCUGCACAGACAUUGGAAAAGGGCAUCGAGCACAACAAGCCCAUUGAGGAGAAGCCCGCUGAGACAGUGGAAGGGAGCAGGGAGUGCAAGAACAAUGAAAAAGAAGAAACUCAUGUUGCUGCAGCCUGAUCUUUUUGAAACUCUAAAUGAUGUUCAGAGUUGUGGUUUUUUGCUUGUAACAAGAAUUGUGAUCUGGAUCUCUGUGUGCAGCAAAGUAUAGAUAUAUCACAUACUUUUGAGUGUAAGAAUAUGGGGGGUGUAUCCUUGUCCAGAAAAAUAGCCCUGUACUGUAUACGGCUGGCUGAGAAUAAAAGGAUCUUUACUACAGAA